AUGGAGCCAGAGUGCUGUGCAACCCGCAACCAGGUGCAGCCAAAAGAUAAAGACCAAAUCAAACCCAAAGAUGAGUACUCGUACUUCCUGAACACCAAAGAUGAGGAUCACAUUCAGGCCAAGGAUGGUGAUGACCUGCUGGAGCCCAAGUAUGCGGAUGGCAUGCUGGGGCCCAUGGAUGGGGAUGACGUGCUGGAGCUAAAGGAUGGGGAUGAUUUGCUGGAGCCCAAGGAUGGAGAUGACGUGCUGGAGACUAAGGAGGGGGAUGACUUGCUGGAGCCAAAGGAUGGGGAUGACUUGCUGGAGCCAAAGGAUGGGGAUGACUUGCUGGAGCCAAAGGAUGGGGAUGACUUGCUGGAGCCAAAGAAUGGGGAUGACUUGCUGGAGCCAAAGGAUGGGGAUGACUUGCUGGAGCCAAAGGAUGGGGAUGACUUGCUGGAGCCAAAGGAUGGGGAUGACUUGCUGGAGCCAAAGGAUGGGGAUGACUUGCUGGAGCCAAAGGAUGGGGAUGACUUGCUGGAGCCAAAGAAUGGGGAUGACUUGCUGGAGCCAAAGGAUGGGGAUGACUUGCUGGAGCCAAAGGAUGGGGAUGACUUGCUGGAGCCAAAGGAUGGGGAUGACUUGCUGGAGCCAAAAAAUGGGGAUGACUUGCUGGAGCCAAAGGAUGGGGAUGACUUGCUGGAGCCAAAGGAUGGGGAUGACUUGCUGGAGCCAAAGGAUGGGGAUGACUUGCUGGAGCCAAAGGAUGGGGAUGACUUGCUGAAGCCCAAGGAUGGGGAUGAUGAGCUGCAGCUUAAAGAAGCCUCGGAGUCCCCAUCUGGAGAGGAAACCACUAAUAUCCCCAGGUCGUACUGCUCUUCUGGUAUCGACCCUAAGUGUCUAGAUGACUCCCACUCCCCCGCCCUCAACUUUUUCCCUCAUUAA